AUGGGAGCCUCUUCCUUCGCGCUUACUUCGAAGCAGCAGAUUCUAUUAGCUAUACUACAAGGAAUCACCCAAGGUGUACUUAUCCCGUUGUUGAUCAGUUUCCUUACGUCCAAGCACAGCCACCGGCUGUGGUUCAAAGUCUAUGUGGUAUUCACCAACAUUCUAUCAUUGACACACACCAUAAUUCGUAUAGCAGAAGCUUUUUCAGCAUUGGAUCCUGUGCCGAACCUUUUACCUUUUGAGCUUAGCUCCAUAUUCGUCACGUGUAGUAUUGCUGCAUCCACCCAGGCCUUCUUCAUUUAUAGGUGCUGGCGAAUGUUUAACAAACGAACGAUAUUUGUCGUUCCAUUUGUCCUUGGCCUUUUCGCUGCACUUAUCUCUGGUGCCUUGAUUGGACUCUUCGCUGCUGGAGUGAUACACAGUACAUGGCGCACAAUCGAUACUACAUUGGCUGUAUGGAUUUUUAGUGCGUUUACGCUGGACCUUUGUAUGACCGUGACAACAACAAUUUAUUUGUACCGGCUGCGAGGAGAUCAUAACGAUAACGAUAACGUCUUUGUGACUGCUGGCACUUUAUAUGGGUUCGCCUCUGCAGCUAUGCCUCUGUGCUUGAUUGCUCUAGUCAUUCUUGAUGUAUAUGUUUUGCCCCAAAAAUUAAUACCAGCGCCGUUGGCUGCAGAUCUAUCCGAGAAAUUCUUGCUUAUGUCCUUGAUGAUAACAUUAACUGGACAAGGAUAUGUGCGAAGACAGCUUGAGCGGCCUCGUCGCGCUAGACUAUCCGGUCUCGCUAUAUCCCAGGGCACCACGGGACUUGUGAGCGAGCCUGUGUUCGCCUCAGGGUCGGUAGCUUAUGAACUUCAGGCUAGAAGUAUACUGGGUACCACAAGAUCUGGCUAUGGCAGCGACACUACAGGAAGAUAUCCGGGACCAGAGGAUGCGAAUAGAAGCUGUCUCUCUGUUAAUAAGUCCCAGAUGGCCGAGCCUAGCAAACCUAUUCAGGUCCAUCUUUCGCAGAAAUCGGUUGAUUUCAUGCCUUGA